AUGAAAUUUCAUAACAAAGAAGUGCUCAAUGAUACCUGGACACAGUUCGUGGCGCUCUGUCUGCUGCUCAUGCUGUCCGUUGACUCGCUCAAUCCAAUUAAGGCGGUAAGCAAGUUCCUGGGUCUUCCGUCAUACUACUGGGGCUUGUUGGCAGUGAGCAUCAUGCUGGGUCUACUGAUUCACAACGCGGCCGACGUCAUCUACCGCUGUACACGCGUCUUCCUUAACAGCAUCCUCAGUAUCUCCUUCAAGAGCGUGGACCUUAUUGGACUAGACAAUGUCCCCACUGAGGGUCCCGUUAUCUUUACGGGCAACCACGCCAACCAAUUCGUGGACGGUCUCGUAGUCAUGAUGACCAGCCCUCGUAAAGUGGGUUUCAUGAUUGCCGAGAAGUCGUGGCAUAUGCCUGUCGUUGGCCACCUAGCCCGCAUCAUGGGCUGCAUCCCCGUAGUUCGCCCCCAGGACUCAGUGGCUGUAGGUGUGGGUACGGUCAAGCUGGCCCGUGGGGAGGCUGUGGCUCCUGCGAGCUCUUCAAGUGGCGGUGUGAACAGUGGCAAGCCUCAGUGGCUCGUACAGGGCGAAGGCACCAGCUUUGCCAAGCAGAUGACACCGGGCGACCAAAUACGAUUUAAGGGGAAAAGUGUGAAGGACUCGGGCUCACCCGUUAAGAUCGUGCAGGUGUUAAAUGACACACAAGUGCUACUGAGCUCACCGCUGAAGAAAGGUAAUGGUGAACUGGUGGUGGAAAGCACCGCUUUUGAAAUUUUAAAGCGAGUGGACCAAUCCGUGACAUUUGCCAAGGUGUAUGAGCACUUAAAGCGCGGUAACUGUAUCGGCAUUUUUCCGGAGGGAGGCUCGCACGAUCGGACUGACCUGCUUCCGCUCAAGGCCGGUGUUGCUAUCAUGGCACUUGGUGUGAAGGACAAAUACAACAUCAACGUGCCCGUGGUGCCUGUGGGAUUAAACUACUUUCGUGGACACCGCUUUCGUGGACGUGUGACAGUAGAGUUUGGCACCCCGAUCACUGUGGACCAAGAGUUGAUGAAGAAGUACGGGCAGGAUAAACGUGCCGCUUGCAACAGCUUCCUCCACCGUGUAGAGGAGAGCAUGCGCUCGGUGAUUGUGACUACGCCAAGCUAUGGUGUCAUGCAAGAGGUCCUGACUGCCCGUCGUUUGUUCCAGCGCUCAGGCGUGCGCUUGUCCGCCAAAGAGACUCAGGACUUAAACCGCCGCUUUGCCGAGGGCUACAAGGUGCUGCGUGAUGUGCCUGAAGCACAAGAAGACCUUGCAGGAUUACAACACAAGUUAGACACAUACUACAAGACGCUGCAGAAGAUGGGUCUAAAGGACCACCAGGUACCCUAUAUCCCGUGGUGGACCAUUCACGACGUGCUAGGGUCGGCACUUUAUGGUCUGCUAAUUCUUCUGCUGGCCUCUAUUCCAUCAUUUAUUCUGAAUGCGCCUGUCGGUCUUCUGGCGCGAUAUGUGGCGAACACAGCGCAGAAGAAGGCGCUGGAGGGUUCCAAGGUAAAGGUGCUGGCGCGUGACGUGAUACUCAGCAAGAAGAUUCAGUUUUCGAUCGUGGCUGUGCCACUGCUGUGGUUCAUCUAUCUUGUCGCGGCUGUUGCCUUUACAAGUUGGUACUGGUCGUCGAUCAUGCUGCUCAUGGUGUCGCUACCUGUAUUCUCGUUCUUCGGCGUUCGCUCCGUAGAGGCAGGCAUGAUUGAGCUAAAGACAGUCCGACCCCUGUUUUAUCGCCUUCUGCCAACGUACAAGGCCACACAGGAUGAGCUGCCGCGUCAGCGUGCAGAGCUACAGAAGGAAGUGCGCGAUUUCGUCAAGAAGUACGCGUCCCAGCUGGGAAAGCUAGCGGAGCCAAAAAAACUCGAAUGGAGUAGUUAUAUGCACGAGCGCUCGUUGGUGCUUGCCGAGAAGGCUGAGUCCGUUGAACCGCCGCCGUCGGCAUGCAUUCAGGAAGGGGAAAGUUGUGAGGAGGUUCGCGAAUGCAAGGGAAAAACUGGCUCUCAUGUGCCGACCAUCACCAAAUUCCACGACAUCAGUAUUCUGGGUAAGUCGGAGAAGUCGGUAGCUGACUUGGCAGGCCUUGAACGGUCCAUGUCAUGUCCGCCUGGAUAUCAGGAGCUUACCACGCCGCGUCUGCAUUAG